AUGCACUAUUGAACUUUAUGCAUGUACAUGAAUCACUUGUGCCAUCCUUUCAUUAUUAUUUACCUCCCUUUUUCACUUAAUGCAAAAACUAGAAAGAUCAUCAAUUCGUGUAACGCCCCACAAUAUCCAAAAUUAAAAAAAAUAAACACCAACUUCCAUUUCCCCCCUUCUCCAUGGCCGCAAGAACAUCAAUCCCUCUCUUCCCUUUCUCCUUCGUCUUCUUCUUCUCCAUCUCACCACUCACAUCCCACUGCUUCAAAAUCACGACUCAGCUCAUCCACCGCGACUUCCACCUCUCCCCUCUCUACAACGCCUCCUUAACCGCCGCCGAUCGCGCCGGAAGGAUCGUGGAAUCCUCCCUCGCCCGCCGCGCCUACCUCUCGGCGGUCGACGACGACGAGCCGGAGGAUAGCAUCGUCGGCGGGAUCGAGGCCAGGCUGGUAUGGGGAACCAAGUACAACAUAUUCUACGUCAGAUUCUCCAUCGGCCAGCCGCCGGUGAAGCAACUCGCGCUGCUGGACACCGGCAGCGACUUGCUGUGGCUCAAGUGCCCGCCGUGCAGUCCUUGCCCCGUUGACUCUGGAGCCACCUUCUUUUAUUCCUUCGAGUCCAAGACGUACUCUCCACGGCCGUGUACCACCGCCUGCAAGAAAUGCACGGAAUCGUGGUGGCCAAAGUCGCCGAAACACUGCAUGUACACAAUAGACUACCUCGGCGGCCAGACUUCGGAAGGAGUCUACGCCACCGAUCAGCUGGUCUUCGGGACGACCGACGGCCGGUGCACCGUCGUCCCCAAAGUGCUCUUCGGCUGCUGCAGCAAGCUGACCGGAGCCAACGUCCUCGACGCGCAAGUCAACGGAGUUUUGGGGCUGGCCGGAGGAAGCUAUAGCAGUCUGCCUAGAGGGGAGGAGUCAAUUGUCACCCGACUGGGUAGCAAGUUUUCGUACUGCGUCGGCAGCCUGUCCGACGUCUCGUAUCCUCACAACCGGCUGUCUUUCGGCGACGCCGUUGACUUGGUCGGAGAUUGGACGCCGUUGUACCUCGAUUAUGGCAAUUACUACGUCCAAAUGUUCGGUAUCAGCUUAGGAGGCAAGAUGUUGGACAUUAAGCCCUAUGUCUUCAGAAAGAUGUCCAUAAGAAAGAAGAUCGCCAUGGACAGCGGCACAGAGCUGUUCCACCUCUACACAGAAGCUUUCGACGUAGUGAAGGCGGAGGUUCAAAAGCUGGCUUCCUCGGUGCUGACGGAGGUUCCUCCGGUGAGCCCUCUGGAGCUCUGCUACAAAGGGACGGUGGACAAGGACGCUACAGGGUUUCCGGCGUUGGGACUUCACUUCGUCGGCGGCGAUCAAGCGGAGCUGGUGGCAGACAAGUUCGGGAUGUUUGUGCAGAUGGACGUCGACAUUUUCUGCCUGGCCGCUCUCCGGUCGGAGAGCCUCAGCAUCGUCGGGAUCAUGGUGCAGCAGGGUUACAACGUUGGGUUCGACUUGAGGGCGAUGAAAGUGUAUUUACAGAAUAUAGAUUGUGAGCUCUUGCAAGGGUGAGUGUAUAUGAAGAAGUACAUGAGAAAGCGGUAUGAAAGGGUUGAAUCAAAGUUAAAUUACAGGUUUCGUAUAAAUUAUUCGAAUAUUGAUUUUUUUUUGGAAAAAACUUAGCAGCAUCCCAGUAUGCAGCCAAUAGCUGCUACCCCUCCACAUGUCUGCCCGUUAUUGGUUAUCAGUUUUUAUUUUUUUUUUAUUAUUAAAUGUGAUGUCAAUUAGUUUAGGUUUGGGAGAGAGGUAACGGAGCCGUCAUCAACCCAUGACAUCCCCUCCCAUCCAUAAAAUUUUGGCUCUAUCUGCCAUUCCCUAGCCUGACAUAAACACAUCAAUUCACCAUCUUUUAGUACUUUUACUACUCGCAUGCAUGAUGCAACCGAAGCAGUAGUAUGCAAAAGCUUCCUGUCAAAAAAAAAAAAAAAAGAAAAGCAAAAGCUAGAAUGAUGGCCUCAGUCGCUGUCCUAGCACUAGCAGCAAGCACCGGUAGUCACACGUCACCCGAAAAGCAGCAUCUGUAUUCUUAGCUUUGCUCUCGUACAAGAUUUUGGAAUAUAUAAGAAUUUAAAGU